ACAGAGAGGGAAUACGUGCGAUCCCUCUAGUACAUCUGUGAGAACUAUUUCCCCGAAAUGGAUCGCAUGGACCUCCCCCAGGACCUCCGCGGGAAAAGGGGCAUCAUCUUUGGCAACCUGGAGAAGCUGAGGGACUUCCACAGCCAGUAUUUCCUGAAGGAGCUGGAGAGCUGCUGCAAACACCCUCUGCGUGUCAGCCACUGCUUUCUCCGUCACAAAGACCAGUUUGGGAUGUACGCUUUAUACAGCAAGAAUAAGCCCCGGUCCGACUUGUUACUAGCCAGCCACGGGAACAUAUUCUUUAAGAAUAAGCAGCGGCAGCUGGGAGACAAGAUGGACCUGGCCUCGUAUCUGCUGAAGCCCAUCCAGCGAAUGAGCAAGUACGCUCUGCUCCUGAAGGACCUGAUCAAGGAGUGCAGCGAGGCUCAGGAACAUGAGCUGGUGUACCUGCGCGCCGCCGAGGAAAUGGUGAAGUUCCAGCUCCGUCACGGCAAUGACCUCCUAGCCAUGGACGCCAUACGGGACUGUGAUGUGAGUGAAGGGGCAGCAGGUUCAGGAGGUGGACAGUGCAGUUACUACUUUAUAGACACUUCUUUGUGUACACGUCACACGUGAUGUGUUCCUGUGUCAUUCUUCCUAUGUAUUGUCACAUAUCACACACCCAGCGUAAUACACUCUGAU